UUUCUGACCAAUCAAAUUUGAUUUAUCAAAUAAGUUUCUGGCAAACUUUUUGAUUUGUUAUGAUGUGGAACCUUUCGUCAAUUUUGCUUCAUUAGCGCUUCCAUACAAACUGUAACAAGCAAGAUGUCAUUCAUCGUCGAUUCUUGUGUUAUGUUCUUUUCUCAGGUUCUUUUCUUCUGUGGAGGAUGGGUAUUUUUCUUGAAGAAACUGUUUAAAGAUUAUGAGGUGCAUGACCUGACAGUGUUGCUCAGUUUCUCAGCAUGUUUUUCUCUCUCUUGUACCAUGUUUGAGUUAAUCAUUUUUGAAAUCCUGGGGGCCCUAGAAGCAAGCUCUCGUAAGUUCCACUGGAUGAUGGGAAUAUACUGCAUGCUGUUUAUGGUUAUUGUCAUCGUCCCUUUCUAUAUCGGGUACUACAUCUGCAGCAAUGUCAGCUUCAUUUCUAAGAAGAUGCAUGUUCGUCUCACUCUGGCAAUCACAUCGUGGGCAAUCUUUGUUUUCUUCUUCUGGAAGAUCGGAGACCCAUUCCCCAUACUCAGUCCUAAACAUGGUAUAUUUUCCAUAGAGCAAUGUAUCGGGCGUGUUGGAGUUAUAGGUGUCACUGUGAUGGCAUUUCUCUCUGGAUUUGGUGCUGUCAACUAUCCAUAUACUUCCAUGUUUUACUUUGUCAGGCACAUCACAGAUGAAGAGGUGAAUGCUCAGAUCAAGCGGCUAAUGCAAACUCAGGACAUGAUUCUAGCCAAAAAGAAGAGAAUUGCCCUUGCAAAACGUGACUCUAUGAAGCGACCAGGCCUUAAUAAGGAACAUGGUGGAAUAUGGGGCAUGAUUAAAACAGUUACUACAAGCAAUAGUGGAGAGAAUAUCUCAGCACUGAAGCAAGAAUGUGGGGCUUUGGAGGAACUCAGUAGACAACUCUUUCUAGAAGUUGUGGAUUCCCAGAACACAAGAGAGAGGAUAGAGUUAGGAAAAACAUUCAAAGGAAAAUACUUCAAUAUUCUUGGAUAUUUCUUCUCUGUUUACUGCAUAUGGAAAAUAUUUAUUUCGACAAUUAAUAUUGUGUUUGACAGAGUGGGGAAGAUUGAUCCGAUCACUCGAGGAAUCAUGAUCUCAGUGGACUACCUAGGAAUACAGUUUGAUGUGAAGUUCUGGUCACAGCAUAUAUCUUUCUGGGCUGUUGGUAUAAUAGUAGUGACAUCUAUACGAGGCCUGCUCAUCACACUCACAAAGUUCUUCUAUGCUAUAGCGAGUAGUAAAUCCUCCAAUGUGAUAGUUCUAGCCAUUGCCCAGAUUAUGGGGAUGUAUUUCUUGUCUUCGGUGCUUUUAAUGAGGAUGAACAUGCCAUCAGAAUACAGGAUGAUUAUAACUGAGGUCCUGGGUGAUUUACAGUUCAACUUUUACCACAGAUGGUUUGAUGUGAUAUUUCUAAUCAGUGCCUUAUCCAGUAUAGGAUUCCUCUAUAUUGCCCACAAACAGGCUCCCGAGAGCAAAGAUGACUUCACAGUGGGGAAUCUUGAUACAACAUUGACAAUUGUAGCAGUGGGGAAUCUUGAUACAACAUUGACUGUUGUAGCAGUGGGGAAUCUUGAUACAACAUUGACUAUUGUAGCAGUGGGGAAUCUUGAUACAACAUUGGCUAUUGUAGUAGUGGGGAAUCUUGAUACAACAUUGGCUAUUGUAGCAGUGGGGAAUCUUGAUACAACAUUAUUUUUGUAG